AUGGCCAUGGGUACAAUGCUUGGCGAGAUCCCGACGUUCAGUGGUCAGCCCUUGACGGUGACACAGACGAGUACCAAUGGCGCGGCCUAUGGUUCCCUGCCGCUUGCUGCGCCCGCGAGCACCUCGCCCUUCGUUGCCAUGCCACUGUCGGCAUCAAGGCCAGGAAUGACCUACACAACAACCUCAACGCCACCUGUGUCUUAUACGGUCCCAAGCCGCAUGAACUCGACCUACACGUAUGGCGCAGGGAAUAAUAUGCCGGGGGCCGUGAGCUUGCCUCCGUUUGAAUUCAAGUUCGUGAAAGACGAUUAUUUCGACUCUCCAUCGCCUGUUGAUUCCACGAGCAAUUAUCACAAGGGCUAUGACAUGCCCGAGUAUGCCGAUGUCUCCGCGUUCCCUGCACCACAGAUGGGGCAGAUGGGGCAGAUGGGGCAGAUGGGGCAGACGGGUGCGCAUCUUCAGGAGGCAGACCGGUUGGACAGGGAGAUCGAGGCACACGACCAGAAAGUCCGUGAGCUGGCAGCGCAGCCUCUCACAGUGCAGAACUUGGAGACCCAAAUCCAGGAGCUCCUGGAUGGGCAAGAGUCCUUGCGGUACGAGCUGCGACAGGUGAAGAUGCAGGUGGAGCAGAAUGCCUCAGAUCUGGAGACCAUUCGCCGGGAGCGACCCAUGCCGCAGUCAGCUGCGGGAUCCAUGGUGCAGGCCCCUCCCUUGGCGGCUGCUCCCUUGCCUGUGGUGCAGCCCCAGAAGCCCAUGGCGGCCAUGCCAAUGACACAGCCCAUGCAGCAGCCGGUGACACAGCCCCAGCAGCCGAUGGCCAUGCAGACGCAGAGGUCGCACCGCCUCACCUUGCCCCCGGAGCCUGCGGGGAAAUAUGACAAAACUGUGCACAGUAAUCUGGGCUAUUGCAGCGACACUGGUUUCGACGCCUCGGACAUGCUGAGCAAGGCACAUGCCAGGGCAAUGGAUUCGGCCAUGAGCCUGCACCAGACUGUCAAGGGCUACUUGCCCGGCUUUCAGGGUCAGGAACGUCGAUAG